AUGACCAGAGAUGGUUCUGAUUCGCGGGAGCACAGUCAGGAGGGCAGCCCGUGCGAAGUGACUUUGCAAGAUGUAAUGGAUGAGGACAAACUGGUGGUGCUGAACAAGACGGAUCAGCUAUGGGAGCUGCACACCAUUCUCAAGGACAGAACAACCCAACAUCCCGAUUACGUGUUCUACGCCGAUCGCCUGAUGAGGUUGGUGGUCGAAGAAGGGCUGAACCGACUGCCAAUCACUGAAAAGCGGGUCGUGACACCGACGAUGUGCCCUUACAAAGGUAUUGCCUUCGCGCGCGGAAAUUGUGGAGUGGCGGUGUGUCCCGGCGGAGAUGCCAUGGAGAUUGCGCUACGCCAGUGCUGCCGGUCGAUUCGCCUUUGCAAAAUCCUGCUUGAUGACAUCGAGCACAAGGUUAUCUACACGCGAUUCACCAAAGAUCUGGCGCAUCGGCGCUGCCUCGUGCUCUAUCCGACCAUCACCAACGGCAUGUUCACGAAAACGGCCCUGGAUUCGCUGCUGAAGAAGGGAGUCCUGGAGGAGAAUAUCUACCUCGUCACCCUCUUCGCCACGCCGAGAGGCGUCAUUUUCCUGCGUCGCCGUUACCCGAAAAUGUGCAUCAUCACGUCGGAGAUCACCGAGCACAUUGUGAAGAACUUUGCGAAGACGUACUUCGGCACAAGC